AUGGCUUCACCCAUCAUGAGCCCGCUGAGUCCAUUGAGCCCUACGGGUUCCAAAACAAACUUUCUCAGGAACAGAGUCCCAACACAGCUAAGAAGAUGCAUCCCAUUGUACAUUGCAUCUGUAUGCAUAAUUCUCCUCCUUUUGAAUACCGACUUACUUGGAUCGGUGCCCAAACCGGUCCACCUCUCGAAGCGCGGUGGCCGUAUAUCGACGAGACCAACACGAGGCUUUCCCAAGAAGAUAUGGCAAAGCUGGAAGGUGGCGCCUUUUUCAUUCGAAGGAGAACAAAUACUUACUGCCAGAACCUGGACUGACAAAAAUCCCGGCUUUCGUUAUGAAGUACUCACCGACACUAACGACAUGGAGUAUGUUGAGGAGCACUAUGGCCCAGAAGGCUUCGACCGGCCAGACAUUGUCGACAUGUACCAAAACGUCAACGCGACCAUUAUCAAGGCGGAUCUGCUACGAUACAUGAUAAUGUACGCUGAGGGAGGAGUCUACGCCGACAUUGACGUUGAAGACCUUCGUCCAGUCAGUAGAUGGAUUCCCGAAAGGUACAAAGAGGAGGAUAUUGACCUGGUCAUUGGCGUUGAGAUUGACCAACCGCACUUCAAAGACCACCCUAUACUCGGGAAGAAGUCUAUGUCUUUCUGCCAGUGGACCUUUAUGUCACGUCCCCGCCACCCAGUUAUGCUGAAGUUAGUUGAGAACAUUAUGAGCUGGCUUAACGACGUCGCCAAGACACAAGGAGUUUCCAUCUCAGAGAUCAAGCUCGACUUCGACGAGGUCAUUAGCGGAACUGGACCUUCUGCGUUUACCAAGGCCGUGCUGGAGAUCAUGUCAUCGAGGUCUAGAUCAGGACCAGUGACAUGGGACACCUUCCACGACAUUGAUGAAUCAAAGGUCGUUAGCGGUAUUCUUGUACGCGAUGUCGAGUCUUUCGCGGCUGGCCAAGGUCAUUCUGACUCUGGCAAUCACAACUCCAGAGGUGCGCUCGUCAAGCAUCAUUAUCACGCAUCGAACUGGCCAAGCCGUCAUCCUCGGUUCAGGCACCCAAUCUUCGGUGAGGUUGAGAGAUGCAACUGGAACAUCGAGUGCGUGAUGAAGUGGGACCAGGACAUAGCGGCCUUCAACGCUCUGUCUCCAGAAGAGCAGAAGCAGAAGAUUGAAGAUCACGAAAAUCUACAGAAAUUUCAGACGCAGCAGAAACAGCCCGAAAAAAAGCAGCAGCCGUUUCAAUUCUUACCCCAACAAGCCCUUCAGCCUCCCGCUAAUCAAGAAGAGUUGAAGAAGAGUUGA